AUGUCCGGCAACUGGAUGUGGGCUGCAAAAUGCGAGGGAGAAGGUGCUCGUCUUGUAGGAGCUUGUGAUGCUUUGUGCAAGGCUCUUGCGGAAGUCGGCUGCGCUAUUGAUGGAGGGAAGGAUUCGUUGAGUAUGGCUGCCAAAGUGGGCGAUGAACUUGUAAAGGCUCCCGGUACUCUGGUACUGUCCGCGUAUGCUCCUUGUCCUGACAUAACUUUGGUCGUCACCCCUAAUUUAAAAGGGCCACGAGCAGGCUCAAAAUCCACUUGUAUCUUGUACGUUCGUAUAGGAAGUAGCUUCAAAAACAAUAGACUUGGUGGCUCAGCUCUCGCUCAGGUUCUGCGCCAGAUUGGCAACGAUCCAGCUGAUAUUGAAGACAUGCCAUCAUUGGCUCGUACAUUUUCAAAGAUUCAAAAGCUGAUAGUUGAUGGGUUUGUACUUUCGGCGCAUGAUGUAUCAGAUGGCGGAUUUAUCGUAGCCCUUCUCGAGAUGGCUUUUGCCGGAAAUACUAGCAUCCGAGCUGAUAUCAAAUCCCUCGCUCAGGUUCUGCGCCAGAUUGGCAGCGAGCCAGCUGAUAUUGAAGACGUGCCAUCAUUGGCCCGCACAUUUACAAAGAUUCAAAAACUGAUAAUUGAUGGGUUUAUACUUUCGGCGCAUGAUGUAUCAGAUGGCGGAUUCAUCGUAGCCCUUCUCGAGAUGGCUUUUGCCGGAAAUACUAGCAUCCGAGCUGAUAUCAAAUGUGAUACAGAUCCCCUCACUUUUCUGUUCGCUGAAGAGGCAGGAGUGUUUCUAGAGGUAGAACACGAGCAUUUAGCUGAAAUCAUGGAACAAAUCGAAAAUGAUGCAAGCGUAUUGGUUGUCGGUGAAGUUUAUGCGAUAUAUGGGCCAGACGCAAAGGUUGAAAUCAUUCUAAAUGGAGAAUACGUGAUCAAUGAGAGUCUUGUGUCACUUCGUGAAAUUUGGGAGGAGACGUCAGAUCGCCUAGGACUCAUGCAAACAGAUGCCACUUGCUUAGAAGAAGCCAAAGAGGUCCGGUGUACAACUAAAUUAGUAGCAUAUUCUGCUCCUUUCGAAUGGCAAGCUCCUUCUGCUUUCCUAAACUCGUCGCAAUACCUCACAGAAGCUCCACGAGUAGCAAUCAUACGCGAAGAGGGUUCGAAUGGUGAUCGCGAAAUGGCUGCAGCAUUUGCUAUGUCUGGAUUUCAACCGUACGAUGUUACCAUGACGGAUCUUCUAUCGGGGCACUCGCUUGACCAGUACAGGGUUGUCGCUUUCGUUGGUGGAUUCUCAUACGCCGACGUGUUUGGAUCAGCGAAAGGCAAGUGUUUCGCUUGA